AUAAGUCAAUAGGAUAUUUACUUAAUAAACAUAUUAUUCUUUUGUCCCAUUGACUUUUAUGUUUAAUACUUUUUAUUUUUAACAAAUAUUACAAAAGUGAUUGUCAUUUCUUUUUAUUUCCAUAAUGUUAAACUCCAGACAAAGUUCAACUGAUUCAGAUCUACUUGACUCACAAGAGUCAACCAUGCAAAUGGGUCGCAAACUCAUUGAAGACGACGCUGCCAUAGACGAUCCAAAGGCCUACAGACGAUUACGAAACCGUAUCAAUCAGAGAAAUUAUCGAGAAAGAAAAAACGAUCGAAUAGCAAAACUAUUAAGAGAAAUACAAGAGCUUACAGAGAUCAACAGUAAAAUGAAACAAGAUUUUACAGUUGAGAUUCAUAGAUUGAGACUUGAAAAUGAGAGAUUGAAGCAAGAGAUGAACUUUAUAAAACAGACACAUCCAUUUGAAAACUUCAUUACUGAUAGAGGCUUAAACCAAGAACCUGUAGAACAACAGGGCGAAGGGAGCAUAUUAAAAUGUGCGCCAGAUAACGAACAAUGCUGUAGGAAACAGAUCAUGAGCAUACUUUAUCAAUCUAUAGGCAGUCAUUGUAAGAUAAGACAAAUACAGGCAAACGUGACUAGUUACUGCCCAGAGUUUGAUAUAAACAAACUUCCACUCACUUUACAAAACAAGAUCAAAUAUGAACCAGACUCUAUUGCAUCAGAUACAGAUAUUCACUCUUACAUUCAUUGCAUUAAUCAAGCUUAUUCAUGACAUUACAUUAUAAUAAACACUUGCAUUUUAAUUCCACUUUUUUUUUUUAUUUAUUUAUUUUCAAAUAUAAAAUGAUAAAAAUCAUAC